CAAAAUCAAACAUGUAAAUUAUGUGGUAAAGUAGCUUAUUUUAUGGAGCGAUUAGAAGCCGAUGGAAAAUGUUAUCACAAGACUUGCUUUCGCUGUACAGAGUGUAAAAAAACGUUGAGUGCUGGCAAUUUUGCUGGUUUGCGUGGAGUACUAUAUUGCAAGCCUCAUUUUAAACAACUAUUUAAGUUGAGAGGUAAUUACGAUGAUUCUUUCCAGCAAAAA